AUGGAAUACACUCGAUCUGAAAGAGAGAGAGGUAUGGAAGCCCUCGUGGCACAAGACAAGCUCACAAAAUCGACUGAUAUCUGUACAACAAGUAAUCAAAACCACGAAAACGUGUUGGAUGACACAUCAAAGAACGCGUCACACACUGCACCAGACCCUGAGGAGGCAAAUCCGAGACCUCACUGGACUAUGAGACCCUCAACAAGGCUUGAAGACAAUGACUUAGAACCGUCGAAUGCCCUGAAGAAAAAGGCUACAGUCCCUCAGGCUGCAGCAAUGUUGAAAAGUGAACCUGGGUUCAGAUCAACAUUCUUGACAAAGCUAGACAACAUCCACGCAAUGAUAAUGGUGUUGACUCAAAAAGCUGACAACUUGAAAACAACAAGUGGACCCCAGGACUCCACUGGAGAGAAUGAGUUAAACAUGAACAGACUCAAUGAACUUACAAGACUCAUGAUAGAGCUGAGGGAUACAACGACCUGA